GGCUAAACAAGAGUUCAUUAUUAAUCAUCAAGCGUCCAUCUUCCCUCGCCUUCCCUUAAAAUAAGAAAAAGCGCGCCGGAAAAGAAGGCUGCGGCUUUCCUUCUAGAAGGCUUAAGGCCCGACUCAUAAACAAAAGGACCCAUGAAGAAUGAAGAUCCAAUCUUUUGCCACCUGACCGUCUUCUCACUUGCUUUAUUGAGGGCAGCCACCCGUUAGUCGUUAUUAUGGUCCGCAUCUCACUUGAGCAUAUGCCCCCUUCGUUCAAAACUAAAGAGCCAGCCAGUCACCACCCAGCCCUUUCCUUCCUUCGUCGUCUUCUCUGCAAACGAAAAGGCAAAAGAGCUUCUCUAAUACUUCUCUCUUUUUCAUUUUCGACAUAUAAAAUGGCGGACUUCGAGCCUUUGCUGGCCGUUCAGGAACCGCCACUUGCCAUUACUAAAUCCACACGUAUCGCUUCUCUUGAUGUCUUUCGUGGCCUCUGUGUCUUUCUAAUGAUGCUUGUUGAUUAUGUGGGCUCGAUUUUUCCAAUUAUUGCUCAUUCUCCGUGGAACGGCCUUCGCUUGGCAGAUUUUGUGAUGCCUUUCUUUCUUUUCAUAGCUGGAGUUUCUCUUGCUCUUGUCUAUAAGAAAGUAUCAAACAGAGUAGACGCCACAUGCAAGGCAGUGCUUAGGGCAGUAAAACUAUUUUUCCUGGGUGUUUUUCUUCAAGGUGGUUAUUUUCAUGGGAUAAAUUCCUUGACCUAUGGUGUUGACAUUGAAAGAAUUCGUUGGCUCGGCAUUUUGCAGAGAAUAUCAAUCGGAUACAUUGUUGCAGCUUUAUGUGAGAUCUGGCUUUCAUGUCGAAUACACAGGGAAGUAGGUUUCUUCAGGAGUUAUUAUUGGCAUUGGUUUAUGGUCUUUUCAUUGUCAGCCAUAUAUCUGGGACUGUUAUAUGGGUUAUAUGUUCCAGAUUGGAGAUUUGAAAUAUCAAAUCCAACUUCUUCUUUGCCUUCAGUCAACAGCAGUGUUGUUUACAUUGUUAAAUGUUCUGUAAGAGGUGAUCUUGGACCAGCUUGUAAUUCAGCUGGAAUGAUUGAUCGCUAUGUUCUUGGUAUUGACCAUCUCUAUACAAAACCUGUCUACAGAAACCUGAAGGAAUGCAAUAUGACGAACAGUCAAGUCUCAGAAGGUUCACCUUCAUGGUGUCAUGCUUCUUACGAUCCUGAAGGUCUUUUAAGCUCCUUAACAGCUGCAGUGACCUGCAUAAUUGGACUUCAGUGCGGCCAUGUUCUUGCUCACAUGCAGCAUAUUGAUGUCACACAAAUGCUUCAGGACCACAAGGAGCGCAUACAAAGAUGGUCUUUAUUUUCUGUUUCACUUCUUCUCCUUGGAGUUUUCCUUGCCUUCAUAGGCAUCCCUGUGAAUAAGUCUCUCUAUACAAUUAGUUAUCUGCUGAUUACUUCUGCAUCAGCUGGAAUCACAUUUUGUGCUUUAUACUUGCUGGUAGAUGUAUAUGGUUACAGAUGGGUGACAUCGCCGCUAGAGUGGAUGGGAAAGCAUUCCUUGAGUAUCUUUGUUCUAGUAACUUCUAAUAUAGCCAUUAUUGCAAUUCAGGGAUUCUACUGGUCUAAGCCUGAAAAUAACAUAAUUCACUGGAUCGUUGCAUGCUUCGUGCACAGAUAGAUAUAAUUAUGUGGAGGCUUUAUAUUGGAUUUAAGAUUUCCAGUGAAAGUAAAAAGGUGCGCGAGAAUCUAUUUAGCACGAUUAUAAUUUGGAACUAUCACUCUUCAAGGCCAUUACAGUGUUCAGAUUCCAGAAAACAAGGUCAUGGAGGAGUUAUCCAGAUUGGUCAGUAAUUUUGCAUGAAAUGGGUGCUCAGAAAGCUGAGCUUGCAAGGAAUUUAGUACGCUAAAGAAAAUAAUGUAGUUUACUCGGUGGAAUAAAAUGACCGCAUUUCAACUCAAUCAGUUGAAGCAGUCCUCUUCAUUCUUCUGGUUUGUUUUCUUUUUAAUUUUCUCUUUCAAAUUUCCAGCCAAUAUUGUAAGAAAUCACAAAGGCAGACAUGAACGAAAUUUUCUUCUCAACAUUUUCUUCAUAUAUGGACUUUUCACACAGAUUGAAAUGGCAGGCUUGGAUUCUUGGAGAAAUA